AUGGUUAACAUCAUGUCAGGUUUAUCAACAGCGAUGGCUGGCAGCGGUUACUUGGGCGCCUUCUUGGCAUCGUUUUUGAUGAUAUUGUGCGCAGAAAUCGGCGAUAAGACUUUCUUCAUCGCAGCGGUGUUGUCGAUGAAACACAAUCACAUCAUAGUUUUCCUGGGGGCAAUAGGAGCGCUGGCGUUGAUGACGGUAUUGUCUGCUGCCUUGGGCUUCCUACUGCCAACUCUACUGAGCAAAAAUUUCACACAUUAUACGUGCAUCGCCUUGUUCCUGUAUUUUGGUAUUAAGUUGUUGAAGGAAGCUUAUGAGAUGGAUGCUGGAAAUGAGGAGAGUGAAGAGCUGAAGGAGGUAGAGAUGGAGUUGAAGUAA